GGCACGUCACCGCGCUCCGGGCCGCCGAGGGGCUCCUGAGCCCAACACGUGUCGCCGGACGUGUCCGCCCGCACGAAGAAAGCUCCCGGCCAGUCCAUCCAUGGCCAUGGGUCCGGUCCAGAGGGGGGUCGCCUAACUUCGCUCGCUUCGCUCCACCGGUUCCAGCCGCGCGCGCGGCAGACGUCUCUCGAUCACCACCGGCUUGCAGCAGCCCGCGGCAAUGAGAGGCAACAGGAACGGCAAGAAGGGCAAGGGUGGCGCCGGCGCCGACGGCGACGCCGCCGCGCGGCCGGUGGCGACCUGCAUGGCCGCCGCCAUCGUCUCCGUCGUCGCGCUGCUCGUCGUGGCGUCGGUUCUGCUGUUCCUGCUGUCGCCGCCGGGGGUGCCGGGGACACCUGGGAACGGCCCGCCCCGUGAGCCGGUGGAGCUGGCGAUCGGCCUCGCCGGGCACGAGCGCUGGCUGGACGCGCUCCGCGCCUGGGCCAAGCUCGCGUGCUUCAACAUCCGGCACGCAGAGCCGCGGUACCAUCUGGUGCGGAGCCCGGCGUCGGUGGCGAAGGCGGCGAAGAAGACGCUGGAGAUGGGCAAGGAGACGGUGGAGCACACGGCGGAGUCGGCGGCCAGGGCCACCGAGGAGGCCCUGGAGAGGACCACCGAGAAGGUCAAGAGGAAGGUCUCUGGCUCGCGCUCGCCGGCGGCGCGGCGCCCUGAUGGUGAUGGAGACCUUUGAACACAAAAGCUUACUCUGUAGCCUAUAGAGGUCCUAGCAUGUAGUAGCGUGUAAAAUUGUCAAGAACGUACCUGUCACUGUCAGUUCAAAACGUUUUGCAAGUUUGCGACGUGAACGUGUUCUGCACCAGGUCGAUUAUGAGAUGUAAACGUAUUGCGAUGCAGAUCGAUGCUUGCAAAUUCAG